AUUUGUCACCACCUCGUAGGCCAGGCCAGUCACAGGGCCAAAGGAUGCUAUCUGGUGGAAAGGCAGGCCUGGUUUCUGUGGACAUUUUAAGGAAAGAGAAAGAGGAGAACAGACGCAGAGAAAAACACAAUCAGCCACUUGAAGAUGAAUCGCGUAACGCUCAGACGAUUUUCAGAGACAAAAGUGGCAAAAGGAGGGAUCUGGAUUCAGAGAGAGAUGAACAGAAAAAGAAAGCUGGUGAAAAAGCGGCAAGAGACGAGAAAUACGCUCAGUGGGGAAAAGGGUUGGCACAGAGCCAGAUGCAUCAGCAGAAACUUGAGGACGCGCUGCACGAAGCCCAGAAGCCACUGGCACGUCACCGUGACGAUGAGGAUCUUGACCGCAUGUUGAGAGAACAGGAAAGAGAAGGCGAUCCUAUGGCUGCAAUGCUCAGGCGUAAAAAGGACCGUGGCACAAAAACACAAGAAAUGGAGUGUGGAGGAUAUGUAAAGGCUUUCAGAAAAUGAUGAAUCUGGAGCAGAGCUAAAGAGCACACCUGCUCAACCUUUAUGUAUAAUUUUUAUGCUGUUAGAACAACAAGACUAGAUGCAUCUACGCAGCAAAAGUUCUUUUUUAAAUAAACUACAUAGAAGAAUUUGUUUCACCUUUCCAAACCCUUUUGAUACUGUACCAUGUGUAUCAGAUGGAACUGUACAGAAAAAUGAAGUGAAGCAUGUUCACAAUUUUUGUAAGAAGUUAUUCACCGUGGAGCAGAAGCUGCUGUGGUUUCAGUGUUUUAUUAAAGAAUGUUUUUGUAAUGCAUUGUCCCAAGAGUGUUCAGGCACCUGUAACUUGGAUAGCAUUUGACAUUCAGUCUUUUUAGAUAAUUUCAUACACUUACCACCCAUUUUAUUAGGCAACAGUAACUCAAAUAACCGCUUGUUACAACCAACAUAUUUUGGUCCUGGACAUAGAAAUAGAGACAUGUCCCUCAUGACUCCAAAAUGAAACGUAGUGCACAGCAACCAAAUGCUGAAAGAGAGUGUCCACAGCUGACUGUCGAUGGUAUGGUAUAGCUGUGAGGGUUUUGUGUACAAGAUAAAUGCACAUUUGAGAGUUCUGUGGUGUAGCUAAAAAAAGACUGGCCUACAGAGAUGUGAAAAAAGCGGCAUUCAAAUAAGCCAUUCCUUGCCAUAUUAAUCAGGGAGUGCAUACACUGACAGGAUGAUGUGACUCACAGUGAGGGAAUCAGGUUGGGCUCUAAUAUUUUUUCUAGUAAUGUCCGAUUCAGUCUAACAUCUGUAAAAGUUUUAAGGCACUUUCCACCAGCACUAUCAAAAAGAAUUAUGGAAGAAUGAUUUGUAGAAUCAAGGAAUCGGUGUCCUGGUUGCACAUGCUAGACCAAUGGCUUAAUAACACAACAAUGCUAUUGCCUUUAAUCUGUCACUAUCUAUGCUAUUGAUUAUGGUGUAAUUAUAUAAAAAAAUAAUUUUUUUUAAAGUGACAGUAUUACUUGCAGUAUACUUGCAAAUUUGUCGACUGAUGCUAUAAUUAAUCUACGUUAUCUAUUUUUAAUUUAAGUUUUAAGUUGGUCUAAGUAUCUUAGCACAGCGGAACUCUAGUAUCCUUAGUCGGGCGAGUAGGGGGACUUUAAAAUGUGACACACUCGACCCCGUUUCAUUACGGAAUGUUUUUGUUGAUGCACUUGGAAGAGUGAAAAGAUUCAGCGGUACUGGUAUGGUUUAACGGGUAAUUGGCGACUAAUGCAGAGAAAUAUUAGCCCUGAAAACUGUUUGUAAAGCCCGUCAGUCUCCUGUGCCAUCGUUCUAGUUUAAAAUGGCUGACUGGAGUCCGAUAGCGAAGGUGUACGACCCGCUGAAAGCUGGUAGCAUCGACGGCACAGACGUGGAACCCCAUGAUCGAGCGGUCUGGAGGGCCAUGGGUGCCAGGUACAAGCCCAACAAAGGCGUCGUUGGAGACCCACUGCUCACGCUUUUUGUGUCCCGCUUGAACCCACAGACCACCGAAGAUAAACUACACAAAGUGUUCUCUAAGUACGGAGACAUCCAGCGGCUCCGGCUGGUCCGGGACAUUGUCACGGGUUUCUCCAAAGGAUAUGCCUUCAUUGAGUACAAAGAGGAGCGGUCUGUGGUCCGGGCCCGCCGGGACGCCAACAAGCUGGUGGUCGACCAGCAUGAAGUGUUCGUGGAUUUUGAGCAAGAGAGGACUCUUAAAGGAUGGGUGCCGCGGCGGCUCGGCGGCGGGCUUGGAGGGAAAAAGGAAUCCGGACAGCUGCGGUUCGGCGGCAGGGACAGGCCUUUCCGUAAACCCAUCAAUCUCGGGGUAGACCCGGUGCAGGAACGAGGUGGUGGUGGUGGAGGGAGGGAGUGGGACAGACCAAGCGGGAGAGCCAGAGAGGAUCGGGACCGACACAGAACAGCAGAGUGGGGCAACAGAGGAAGGAGAGAUGACCGGGACAGAGGCCGAGAGUGGGAUGACCGCAGGCACGGAGACAGGAGCAGGCACCGGGACCGGAGAUGAAGCAUGUGGCUGCACUUCAGCGGUACUGCAAGACUGACGGAUGGUUCAAAGCACAGCUGAAGGCUUUCAAAGGAGGACAGUGAAUGAGUGUGUGACUUGGAUAACUGUUUGUGUGAAAGGUUACUUUUUUGUAUGCUAAUAUUCUUCAGAUUGUACUGUAUGGUAAUCAGGACUCUGCCUGUGGCAGAGUCCUGAUUCCCAGUUCUUCUCAGGGAAGUCUCAGGAAUGACAAAGUAGGGUUGUUGUGUUUUGUUGGGGUUUUUUUUUUUUUUUACAACUCUUUAUUCUAGCGAAAAAAUUACAAUACGGGUGGUGUCCAGCCAAAUGAGGCGUACAUCCCGGAUGUCAAACAUGAGCGCCAGCAGCCAGAAUCACUGCUUAAGAGUCCAAUUGGAUUGCUUUGGGUAAUCGGAACUGUACUUUUAUACAGUUAUUAUAAAUAUUAUUACCCCACAUAUACAAUUCAAAUUUUAUUUCUUGCAAUUUAAGUCCCAACAGACUUUUUUCCCCAUUUACUACAGAAUGUUGUUUAUCAUUUAGAUAAACUGAGACAAACCAAACUGCAUUUCUUUUUCUGAUAUUAAGAUAUUCCAGGGAUUAAAUGUGUAGUUAAACUUCUUUUCACUGACAGAAAGGGAAGUUUCGCUGGUCCGGCCCACUCAGUGUCAAAGGCUAUAUGUGACUCACAAUGUAAAAUGAGUUUGCAGUUUUGUUUUGUUUUUAAAAAAGCAUAAGUUUAAGAGCACAUUGUCAGCCCCAUUUCUUUU